AAUAUCCUAAAUGUUUCAGUGCUGACGGAUAUUUUUCUCUGAAUUUCCUGACGGUACAUAUUUCUUUCAAUCGCACUAUCUUCAGAAGAAAACAUCCGUUUGCGCUGAAACUUUUAGGAUAUUUUAAGGAUCACGAGGCCUACAUACGUAAAAAAUUUCAGCGCGAAAAUCCUUUCAUUUACAAGAGAAUAUUGCUGGUGGAUUUUGAGAUUUUCAGAAUCCGAAAUCCGCCGUUUCCCCUUGAAAUAAACAUUACUUUCGAUUUUAAAAUCUUCAUAUUUUGUUUUUCUUAGGGUCCACAAGCAGCACGAACAUUUUCCGGUGAUUAUAUGAUUGGAGUUGGUAUUACAAUGGAAGGUAUUAAUCAAAAUGAAAUAAUGUAUGAAUUUGCUCUUGAACAAUCAUGGCGUAGUCCAUUAAAUGAUACUGAAUUAAAUGAUUGGCUCGUUGGUUUUGUUCUUCGUCGAUAUACUGGUGAUCAUCCUGUACCUGGUACAGCAUUAUAUGCAUGGCAAUUAUUAGGAAAUUCAGUUUAUCAAAAAAACCUUUAUGGUGAUCGAUCGAUUAUGUUAAGUAGACCGAGACUUAAUAGAGAAAAAGAUAUUAAUUUCGAUCUUAAAUCAUUAUUUUCUGCAUGGGAAUUAUUAGUUGAUGCAUCAAAUGAACUUGAUACAGAUUUCUUUCGAUAUGGUUUAGUUGAUAUAACGAAAGAAGUUCUUCAAUAUAAAUUUCUAAGUACUUAUAUGCAAUUUAUGUCUGCAUUUAAUCGGAGUGAUCUUUAUGGAGUUGGAUUUGUAAUAGUGGCGUAUCCAGAGGAGGGCUAG